GGCGAAAUGAAAUCUUAUUUAGUUAUUGAAGGUUAUCAUUCUUCUGAAAUGUUUCUAUUGAUUGGUGAAAGUUACUCAGAAGAUUUGAGAUAUGGACAUUAAUCACUUUUCAGAAUAUUAAAGUCUGUUAUAAUUCCUUUAUGUGCCAGUUGCCAGAUGACAUAGAUUUAUUGAAGUAACCAAAGAUGGCAAAUGAAAGUGAUGUAUUUGGUUCUGUUCUAGAAACAGAUUAUAAUAGUAAAGAAUAUGAUAUCAAGCAAGCAUUUUUUACCAAUUUACUUCUUCUUGGCUUUGAAGCAAAAACUUUUGAAAUGAAGUAUAGAAUACCUUUUACAAAAGACAUGUUUAAUCUUCCUAAUAAAACAGGAUCAGAAGCAGUGUUGUAUUUUUUGUUUAACCAGUUAAACCCUGUUAUGUGUAAAGAAGAAUUCAGGUGUAUAUGUUUUUGGCCAAUAUCGAAUAAAAAAGAUGAACAAUUGUUUAGACGUGCUUGUAAUAAUUGGUUAAUUAACAUACAAAAGGAAGAACCUGAUUCACAUCUGCCAAGAGUAGCAGCUUCAUUAUUAAUGUCCCCCGGUGGAAAUAAAUUCUAUGAAUUUCUGUUUUCUUUCUCUAAUUACGUUCUAUGUCAAGUAAUCAAAAGAGAUAAUGGUGUAAAAUCGGUGCUUGGAUUUCCUGAACUCUGUCAGAAGACUGUGUUAUUAGAUGAUGUUAUUGGUAAAACUGUCCAGUGCUCUGCUAUUAGAUGUAGAAAACAAUAUUUUAGACAAUUACAGCAAACCUUAGUUUCUAAUAAUGAAUGGAAAGAAUAUUCAAGUGAAUUGGUGAAUGAAUAUCGUCAGUUAACAAAGAAAAUACGAGAUUUAGAGAGAGAUGUUAGAAGUGAAAUGCAAGCAGCAAAUGAAAAAAGUCAAACAAGAGGAAGUCCUGGUAUGUCAAAGAGAAAAUCUUUUAGCUUAGAAUAUGAUUUAGAUAGUCAAAGUGUUAGAAGAACACAAAGAAUACAAAAGGUAAGAGAGAUGUGGAGACAAGUUGAGAAAUUUCAGUCAGAAGAUAGUAAAGAUAGAGAGAUAAUACAAGCUAUAUUAGAUGAAAUAUUAUCUAAAAAUAAACAAUCAUCAGCAGGAAUUAAUGCUACAGAUUUAAACAUUAAGAUACCUGAUAUACUAUUGAGAGAAUGUGAAACAGAAAUACAUCGGAGACAAGUAGAUAAUACAUAUAAAGGUGGAAAAGUUAAUCUGCUAAGUUUAAUACAGUUAUGGAAUUUAUCAUUACAUCUCUAUAUUGAAAGGUUACAAAAUGUAUCAUCUAAAGAUAUAGAGAAUGAAAACUCAUCAGUAAUACAACAACUUCAUACACAUAAUGCUCAUCUGAUUAAUGCACAGGGAUUAAGAGAGAAGUUAUCUGAAGAUUUAUUACCAGAAUUAAAACAGUCUAUAUCAUCACUCCGUACAGACUUAGAUACUGUUUUAUCUACGUCUAAACACAGAACUCCAAAUACAUCUAGAACAAUGACAGGAUUUGAGUUAUCUACUGCGACACCACCUGUUUCAUUUACACCCCAAGAUGAUAUCCAGGUUAAUCAAAAACCUUCCACUCUAUAUCAAACAUCCACACAAGAUAUAUCUACACCUGAAGCUGCUAAUGAGAUCAUAGAUACAGUACUACAAACAUCACGGAAAACAAUAAAUAAAUAUCAUCAAGGUAGUCCUAUAUUUAUACCUUCAACUAGUACUUCAAUACCAGUUAGUAAUAGGAACACAAAUAGUAUCAAAACAUCAAAAUCACUAAAUAGUCAUCUUCCAUCAAAACCAAAUCUUAACAAUCAUAAAAAAGAGACACAAGAUACUAGUUUGAAAAGUUCUACACCAAUACAAAAGAGACAUAUGCCUAAAGUUAAUUCAAAGUUAGCAGAAGAACCAAAAAUUAAAUCGAGUCCAUUUCCUUCGGUAAGAAAUGAAAGUAGAAGGAAUACACCAGCUAAAACAAAGAGACCUAAAUCUCAUGAUAUACUAGUGGACAAGAUAGUAUCUGCUGUAGUAGAUGGUACUAGUCUAGAUAAGUUAGAAUUAUCUCAGUCCGAUGAUUUAGAUAUUAACUUACUCAAUCCUAUUGCAGCGCAAGAUGAUGGUGUCUUUGUAUCUCAAGAUAAAAUUAGGCGAAGUCCUGAAGGUAAUGAUCAAGAAGAACCACAACCAAACCAACAAGGGUAUCCAGCUGUGUUCACUGCUGAUAAUACUAGAAUAAAGUUAUCUUUUACUGAUGAUGUUGAACCGCUUCCAUCACACCAGUCUACUGAUCUUAAUGAUACCUCUUCUUGUACUACAGUUAUACCUAAAAAUACUUUAACAAUAACCGAGGAUAAUGAUAGUGGUCUUUUAACAGUAGAUCAACAACAACCACCAUUUUUACACAAUUCUCCUUCAGGACUGCAAUCACCUGAAAAAUCUGAGUUUACAACAAUGGAGCAAAGAUCAAUGUCACCUCAGGAUGAUAUGUUAGAUAGCUUGAACUCUAAACACGAUAGUUUAUUGAAUUUACAUGAUUCUAAUUUAGACAGAGAGUUACCUAGCUUAGUGGUCUCUUCACCAAUGGAGUCUGACAAGCCGGCAGAUCUGUUGAAAUCAGGUCGAAAAAGUGAUAUCUUUGGUAAAUUAAAAUUGACAUCUGAAGAUGAUUUGGAUGACAUUUUCAACACAAAAACUCCCAGAAUAUUACGUAAAACAGCUGCUAUAAAUUCAGUAGACAGUUCCUUUUCUGAAACAGAUCAAGUGUUUACAGAUAGAAUAGGACACUUUGAUUCUUUACAAGAUGAUGACCCAGUGACAUUAAGGACUUUUUCACCUCCUAAACCAUCUUCAGAUUUAUUAGUUGAUUUCAAUUCUUCAUGGAAAAAACAGACAUCUAGUGCCAACUUAGAUGUGGCGACAUUUGUUGAUAAGGAUAAUAGUAGCGAUAUAGAAAAUGAAGAAUUUCCCGAUUUGUUAGAUAUCAAUGAAUCAUUUUCUCCAGUAAAAAAAGGGAUUAAGUUGGUAGGAAUAUCUCCUGGAAAAACAGUCAAACAUGUGUCGCCUUCAAAAUCUAGUGUUGAUAUUGCUGAAUGUCGUAAAGCAGCCUCAGAGACAUUGAAUCGUUUUUCUAUAGAAAUAGAUGAUUUAAUAGCUCAAACUGAUAGAACUAUUCAUGAUAAAGAACAGUUGUUAUCAACAUCACUAUCUGAUGAAUUAUUAAUAUCUGAUCUUAGUGAGAAAUAUUUAAGACCAGUAUCUAGUCACCAGUCUUCACGUCUAUCACCUGAUCUUUUAGAUCAAGAUAUAUUUGGAAAUUAUAUUGGUUAA